AUGACGCAAUUUGAAUGGCUGACGAUCCAAUGGAAUCCAAUGCGCUUAUCAACCUUGUACAGCGUCGUGAGGCAAAAUAAAAUGUCUUUUAUGCUGCAGGUGUCCAUGUACCUUCAAGCAAAGAAGGCUACAGAUGUGUUUGAUACUAAGACCACUAAUGAAGCUACAGGCACGACCGAAUCAGAACUCUCAGAAGGAACAUCUGAAGAAUCAAGUACAACUGAAUCCUUGAAUUUUGAGGACUACACGUCUAAAUAUUUCGUGGAGGCGCUAUUGAAAAAUAUUACUCGGGAUAAGAUACAAGCCUUUAGGAAGGUGGCACAAAUCCUUACUUUGCUGGGUGAACAGGUGCAACUGGAUAUAUUUUUGUGA